AUGUCAAACGUUCAAGGAUCCCGAACCACGCUUUCUCCCCCAAACCGUCCCUUGCGACAGCAUGCCAUUUUGAAGGGACUAAGUUCAUCUACUUUUGGCAAAAAUAGUAACAAGUUGUAUACCACUCCAUCUCCUACACUCUCUAUGCGUUCAGUCUUCAAAAAAUCUCUUGUGCGAAUGGCUAUUGUAUCCGCACAAGGUCUACGACAUAAGAAAAUUUUGCCCUCAAGCCCACAAACAUCUGAUAUACCAAAAGGCUCCAUACUUGCAACCGUGCGAACCGCAUUGACUGUGACGAAACCCAUAGUACACUAUAAUGGGCCUAUUCGAUCACUUGACGAAUUUUCGAAAGAGACAAUGGAAUGGCUUCAGAAAGGGGCGGUGGCAGAAGGCGCCGCACUAAACAACCGAAAAAAAAAUGCUGUGAUCUUUAAGAAAGCUUUGUCGCAAGGAAAACGGUCCACGCCCAAAGGAACUCGGACACAAUUUGUCCCGAAAGGGCUUUUUUACUUUAGAGUAUUGCAGAUCACAAGCAAAUCAUCUGCCAAAUGCCGCGAUGUUCGUUGCGAGCUUCAAAUAGAGAACGACGUGUGCUCCAGCGAGUUAAUGAGAAGCACAAGGUGUGGCAAGUCAAGUGCCCAAGCGAAUUUUGAUGAAACCUUCUUAUUUGAUGUGGAAGGUCCGUUCGUGGCUAAUCUCAGUAUCUAUAGCCAGACUAAAGGUUCAUCGUUCCUUCGCAGUAACAAGAGGGCACUAGAAGUCUGCCUGGGAAAGGAAAGCAUCGAGUUUGAUACCAUUGGACCUACUGAGAAACGCAUUCAUCGCAUAGACUUAAAGGGCUGGCCAGAAAAUAGCUGCACGGAUAACUUUCAAAUAUUGGUCAGCAUUGGACUGCACGUUAACCAUCGAACCAUGGCGGUGGUUAAUCAAACACGGUUUUACGAAGACUAUCUGACAGUAUAUGUGCGAGGUGGAAUGACUCCUCGAUGGCGACGAUACUGGACAGUACUCAAAGGUUCCAACCUUGAGUUGUUUGAUUUUGAAUAUAGAGAGGAUCGCCCACCGAUAGCAAUUAUCCCUCUUCAGGAGUUUCUAUCUGCGUUCCAUCCUGCGGUGGAUGAUGAUGAGCGACAAGUUGACGUAGGAUCAAUGGGUCUCGCCCUUCAGUUUUCAGACAUAUGCCUUAGCCCAGAAAUGCAAAAGGAUGAGCAACUUCGCGACCUCUCCAUUUUUGAGCGACGAAUGUAUAUUUUGGCUGAUAAUAUGAUCAGUUUGAGUCAGUGGGAAAAAGCGCUUGAAUAUAUCUCGCUUGUCAUGGGAGAAUGUAGAGGCAACUGCCCGACAAGGAUUGUUGACACGGAGGUACUAGCACCAUCUGAAAGCCACUCGGGAUAUAGCGGCAUAUACCAGCUUUAUAACGAAGCUACACCACAGCAACCAGAUGAUCCAACUAAGAAUCUUUUCAAGUACCUUUGGUAG